GGAUUUCAUCGCGAUCAGUUCAAAUUUUCCGCUGAACUUCUCUUUAUUUAAAAACCACGCCGGUUCUCGUUCGGAUAUCAAAAAUGUUAAGCUGAUAGUCCCUUUCUGUGAUCGGUCAUUUGAACCGCAAUUUGGAACAUAAUGUCUGCGGAGGAAAAACCUGCCGCCGCCGAAGGACAACGGCACGGUUCGUUCAACCUCGGCGACGUGGUCACUUCCGGCGUCAAAGUGCUCUCGGACGAGGAGCGGACGCGGCUGGAGGAGCAAAACAAGCGCAUGGUGAGCGAGUUCCAGGCCCGGAAGCUGGAGGCGGACGCUCGGAAGCACUGGGAUCUGUUUUACAAGCGGAACGAAACGCGGUUCUUCAAGGAUCGUCACUGGACCACGAGGGAGUUUGAAGAGCUGCUGGCGGUGGAUGGCGGGGAGGGGUCGGAUGUGGUCAAGACGAUGCUGGAGGUGGGGUGUGGCGUGGGGAACUUGGUGUUUCCGUUGAUCGAGGAUGGCCACCGGGAUUACUUUAUCUACGCGUGCGACCUGUCGCCACGUGCCGUCGAUUUGGUCAGGCAACAUAACCUCUACGACGAGCGGUACAUGCGGGCCUUUCCGUGCGACAUCACCACCGAAGAGGUGUUUGGGACGCUGGGCGAGGGUUCGCUGGACAUUGCCACGUUGAUCUUUGUGCUGUCGGCGAUUCAUCCGGAGAAGUUUGGUGCCGUCGUGGGGAACAUCUUCCGGUUGAUGAAGCCGGGCGGGAUGGUGCUGUUCCGGGACUAUGGCUUGUACGACAUGGCCCAGUUGCGGUUUAAGCCGGGGCACAAGAUUGGGGAGAACUUCUACAUGCGGCAGGACGGAACGCGAAGUUACUACUUUGCCGAGGACGAAAUCGGCGAUUUGUUCCGGGGCGCUGGAUUCGAGGUGGUCGUCAACAGCUACAUCCACCGGAGGACCAUCAAUCCGAAGGAAAAGAUCGACGUACCGCGGAUUUUCGUGCAGAGCAAGUUCCGGAAGCCAAGCGGAUGAUGCCACAACGUCUUGGACGCCAACAUUGGACUUUAUCAAUGCGAAGAUCGUCGCAACAGCCUCGACCUCACCUGCCCUGUCGGAACGAACCAAGCUGCUGAUUCACGCUGAACGGAUG